AAUGAAGAAAAGCACAUCUGCGACCUGGGGAUGGUUCAAUGGAUAAGAGAGCUUUCAGUGAGAACAAGAAGACCUGGAUUCAAGUUGCCGGCACCCACCACACUGUUACCACUAUUCCUUCUACACAGUCCUUCUGAAAGACAGCCAACAGACAGGCCCAUAACCAAGGCGUAGACUAAGAAGUGGAGUCAUGCUUCACACGGCCAUACCAUGUUGGCAGCCGUUCCUGGGUCUGGCUGUGGUGUUACUCUUCGUGGGAUCCACCGUGGCCUGUCCCGCUCGCUGUGAGUGCUCCGCCCAGAACAAAUCUGUUAGCUGCCACAGAAGACGCUUGCUCGCCAUCCCAGAGGGCAUUCCCAUUGAGACCAAAAUCUUGGACCUCAGCAAAAACCGGUUAAAAAGCGUCAGCCCCGAAGAAUUCAUAUCAUACCCUCUGUUGGAGGAGAUAGACUUGAGUGACAAUAUUAUCACCAAUGUGGAGCCUGGGGCUUUUAACAACCUCUUUAACCUGCGUUCCCUCCGCCUGAAAGGCAAUCGCCUUAAGCUGGUGCCCUUGGGAGUAUUCACCGGACUGUCCAACCUCACCAAGCUUGACAUCAGUGAGAAUAAGAUUGUCAUUUUGCUGGACUACAUGUUCCAGGAUCUGCAUAACCUGAAGUCUCUAGAAGUGGGGGACAAUGAUUUGGUUUACAUAUCACACAGGGCCUUCAGCGGACUACUUAGCUUGGAGCAGCUCACCCUGGAGAAGUGCAACUUGACGGCGGUACCGACAGAAGCCCUUUCCCACCUCCGCAGCCUCAUCACCCUGCAUCUGAAGCAUCUUAAUAUCAACAAUAUGCCCGUGUAUGCCUUUAAACGAUUGUUCCACCUGAAACACCUAGAGAUCGACUAUUGGCCUUUGCUGGAUAUGAUGCCGGCCAACAGCCUCUACGGUCUCAACCUCACAUCCCUUUCCAUUACUAACACCAACCUGUCCACUGUCCCUUUCCUUGCCUUUAAACAUCUUGUAUACCUGACCCACCUUAACCUCUCCUACAAUCCCAUCAGCACCAUCGAGGCAGGCAUGUUCUCUGACCUGAUCCGCCUACAGGAGCUUCACAUAGUCGGGGCCCAGCUUCGUACUAUUGAACCUCACUCCUUCCAAGGGCUCCGCUUCCUCCGUGUGCUCAACGUAUCUCAGAACCUGCUGGAAACAUUGGAAGAGAAUGUCUUCUCCUCCCCUAGGGCUUUGGAGGUCCUGAGCAUCAACAACAACCCACUAGCCUGCGACUGCCGACUCCUCUGGCUCCUGCAGCGACAGGCAACCCUGAAGUUUGGGGGCCAGCAGCCCAUGUGCGCCGGACCAGACACCAUCCGUGAGAGGUCAUUUAAGGAUUUCCAUAGCACUGCUCUUUCUUUCUAUUUUACCUGCAAAAAGCCCAAAAUCCGUGAAAAGAAAUUACAGCAUCUCCUAGUGGAUGAAGGGCAGACGGUCCAGCUGGAGUGCAACGCUGAUGGAGACCCACAGCCAGUGAUUUCCUGGGUGACACCCCGAAGGCGUUUUAUCACCACCAAGUCCAACGGCAGGGCCACUGUGCUGGGUGAUGGCACCUUGGAAAUUCGUUUUGCCCAGGAUCAGGACAGUGGGAUGUAUGUUUGCAUCGCUAGCAAUGCUGCUGGGAACGACACCUUCACAGCAUCUCUCACUGUGAAGGGAUUCACCUCAGAUCGCUUCCUUUACGCAAACAGGACCCCUAUGUACAUGACCGAUUCCAACGACACGGUUUCCAACGGCACUAACGCCAACACUUUUUCCCUGGACCUUAAAACAAUACUGGUAUCUACAGCCAUGGGCUGUUUCACAUUCCUGGGAGUGGUCUUAUUUUGUUUUCUCCUUCUCUUUGUGUGGAGCCGAGGAAAAGGCAAACACAAAAACAGCAUUGACCUUGAGUAUGUGCCCCGAAAAAACAAUGGUGCUGUCGUGGAAGGGGAGGCGGCUGGGCCCAGGAGGUUCAACAUGAAAAUGAUAUAAGGGCCCACCACACACACCUACUGUCUCUGUGUUACUGUGGGUAAUGAGUAAAACA